UAAGGACCGCAACAAAUGCAGAAGGUCGACAUUGGCUUGCUGGUUUGAUGAGAGAUGUAGAUAAGUGGACUAGAGCUCACGACGCCGGUGGUUGGAGGUACGAGUUUCAGUGCAGUAACAUGGCCGAGUCAUUCAAUAAGUUGUUAUUGGGGAUACGUGGUAUGCCUGUGAACGCAAUCGUUGAAUUCACCUUCUACAGGCUUGUUGCGUGGUUCAAUGAAAGACACGCAAAAGCAGAAGCGUUGCUGGUUGCUGGGGAGAGAUGGGCUGAAAAACCAAAGAGACAUCUCAUCAUUGCAAAUGAAAGGGCUUCCACACAUGAGGUGCAAUGUUUUGAUCUCGGCUCAGGGACUUAUCAGGUGGAGCAUAGGGGCGGUACAACGUCCGACGGUGAGAUCCGAGAGUCGAGGAUACAUGUGGUAGUUCUCCGAGAUUUCAAGUGCACUUGUGGUAGGCCAAGGCAGUACCACUUCGUAUGUUCUCAUUUGGUGGCAGCAGUUAGGCAUCGCAAUUUUGAUAUCGAGAGCAUGAUACCACAUGAGUUCAGCGUAGAUACCCUUGUGCGGACAUGGAGCCCCCGCUUCGUGCCUUUCCGGGAUCCUAGAGAGUGGCCUCCGUAUGAUGGGCCAAAAUAUGUUGCGGAUCUUGCAUACCGUUGGAACAAACGUGGAACAAGGAAGCGGACGAGGCAUAACAUGACUAUGGAUCAGGUAUCCGGAAGAACGAGGCGUGGUAGAGCAACACCAUUUCUUGCUGAUCCAGAACAGAACGAGUGCGGCAAGUGCGGUAGAUUGGGUCAUAAUUCACGCACUUGCCGUUGGCAAAUUAGUGAGGAUGGCGCACUUCCACCUUCUAGAUCAGGCGUACGACCAGACCCACCGAGGUCGUCUCAUAGCGGGAGGGCAGGUCCUUCCGCUCCUUCGUUCUAGAGCCCAUGAUGGGUUUUUGGCGCUGCAGUACGACGACCGCUACACUCCUUUGCUACAGAUGGCUGGCCUCGAUGUCAUCUCGUAUCAGGUUCGUCGUGGGAUGCCCAGGUUCAAUUCAGCGGCUAUAACUGCGUUGGUCGACAGGUGGCGACCCGAGACUCACAGCUUUCACCUCCCGUUCGGAGAGAUGACAGUGACCCUACAGGACUGUCAGAAGAUGCUGGGUCUGUUGAUUCGGGGCCAGCCAGUCACCGGGCCGUGCGUCUCAGAUGGUUGGAGAGCACGAGUCGCAGCCUUCCUGGGGCGAGAGGUUGACGAGCAGGGGACUCGCACAUCUGGAGUGCUAAUCUCAUGGCUGCGGGAACACUUCGGCCACUGCCCCCAGGACGCGGAUGCUGAGACAGUUGGGCACUACUGCAGGGCGUGGAUACUACACCUCUUUGCCUGCGUUCUUUUCCCAGACGCUACAGGUGACACUGCGUCUUGGAUGUGGAUCCACUGCCUCACUGACUGGCACCAGGCUGGUAUUUACAGCUGGGGAUCAGCUGUGUUGUGCUUUCUAUAUCGGCAGCUGUGCGAGGCGUGCCGUCGGUCUUCGGGCUCCCCGUCAGUUGGUGGGUGUGUGUACCUGUUGCAAUUAUGGAUGUGGUCCCGUAUUCCUGUUGGUCGGCCCGAGAUUAUGCCGCGUCGACCGUGGUUCCCAGGUGAGCUGCCGAGACGACAGCCGACAUGGGCAUAUAUUUGGGAUCAGGUUAAGGUUAGCCAUACCAGGUUGGACCGCGCGUACCUGGAUUACAUCAACGAGAUAGACGCGCUCACUGCUCACAGUGUAAAUUGGCAGCCUUACGACGGAGAUGAUCCACUUCCUUUUCCCCUUAGCUUCGUGUGUAUUCAGGACGAUGAUAUUUACAGGAUGGUGUGCCCUCUUAUUUGCUUCUAUGCUGUCGAGUACCACCUGCCACAUCGAGUAGCACGCCAAUUUGGGAUGAGGCAGAUUUGGCCACCACAGGCGACCUCGACUAGUAUAGAGUUACACAACGUGGAUCGAAAGAAGAAGCGAAAGGUCUCCGACUGGCCCGCGUUCCACCACGCGUAUAUUCAGGAAUGGGAGGAGUACGAGCAGAACUUGGACGAGAACAACGAGCCGCACACAAACAGUGCGUACAGGCAAUACCAGAUCUGGUACCAAGGUGCGACGCGGCACAGGCUGAGGGAAGCGUGGACGCAAGAUGACUACGCCGAAAUCCAGUCAUCCGACGAUGAAGACACGGUGUACGAUCAGAGUACUCGUGCUGGAAGGCAGGUGGAGGCAGGACCAAUCCUGGAUAGGAUGGACCGUACCCUACAAACCUCGGUUAGAGAUAUAGAGCAUAUCCGUCCACGAGUUAGGGACCCCGAGGUACGGAGCGUCCUAGAGCGAUUGUCAAAUCGGCUUCGUCGUGCCGCUGCUCGUUGUGGUUGCAGGACUGCCACGACGCGAGACGUCCACGUUCCAUCCCUUCGCGUGCCAGGCGUCGGUACGUCCAGCCAAGGCCCCUCAGGUUCGAAAUCAAUUGCAUCGGAGGAAGUCGACGACGACGACGACGAUGACGAUGACGAUGAGCAGAGGGCCGAGGAGAUUGGCCCGUCUCAGCUCCAGGAGGCUCCCUUGACUCAGCCUACACAGGUUGUAGGGGGUACUAGACUACGUCGUCCACGUUCUCCUUACACUCCAGGCACCGACGUCCUUGGUCACAAGGGUAAGGGUAAGACUAGGAGGCAGUGACGACUCUGAUUGCGAACUUUGUAUCAUAUGGACUAUUGUGUCAUU